CUUUGUUUUUGACCUCUGAAUUGCAUUAAAAUUUCAGUAUAAAUAGUAAAAACUUGAGUAAUUUUAACGAUUAUGUAUGUUCUAACACCGCUGUUGUUAUAACAGUACUUAUUGUGCAAGAGGAAUAAAAAUAAAUAUUAAAUAUGGCGUCAACAAAUAACACUGAUAAGCCAAACUUAGGAUACCAACUAUCGCACCCAGCUCCUGGAGAAGAAGUAUGCAUCACCGGUAUAUCCGGAUCCUUCCCGGAUUCAGAUUCGGUCAUGCAUCUUCAGGAGAACCUGUUCAGUAAGGUGGACCUGAUCUCUGACGACAAUCGACGUUGGGAAAAGGGGCACCCUGAAAUCCCCCAUCGUUCCGGGAAGAUCAACGUUUUGAACAAGUUUGACGCUUCCUUCUUCGGGAUCCACUACGAGCAAGUCCACUCUAUGGAUCCCAUGUGCAGGAUCCUUUUGGAGAAAACCUACGAAUCUAUUUAUGACGCUGGUUUAAAUAUAGAAGAGCUUCGAAAUACUAAGACAGGAGUUUUCGUUGGCAGCUGUUUUUCUGAAUCUGAAAAGACUUGGUUCUACGAUAAGAUGCAAAUCAAUAAUUACGGCAUUAUUGGGUGCAGUCGUGGCAUGUUGGCUCACCGUAUCUCGAAUUGGCUUCAAUUAACCGGUCCAGCAUACACCGUAGACACCGCCUGUUCAAGUUCACUGUACGCUCUUGAACACGCCUUCAAAGCCAUCCGUACUGGUCAAUGUGACGCUGCCAUUGUAGGCGGGACCAAUUUAUGCCUUCAUCUCAUUAUAUCGCUGCAGUUUGCCAGGUUGGGUGUAUUAUGCCUCGAUGGUAGGUGCAAGAGUUUCGACGACAAAGCUAAUGGUUACGCUCGUUCAGAAACUAUCGCCGCAUGUUUACUUCAAAAGGCGAAAGACUCUAGAAGAAUAUAUGUCCAAGUGCUCCAUGCGAAAACAAACUGUGAUGGCUACAAGGAGCAAGGUAUCACCUAUCCCUCUGGACAAGAUCAAAAGUUGCUCCUUACUGAACUCUAUGAGGAAAGUGGCAUUGCACCUUCUAGUCUGGAGUUCAUUGAAGCUCACGGAACAGGUACUGAAGUUGGUGAUCCUGUGGAAUUGCAAGCCAUCGAUGAGAUAUUCUGUACCGGUCGCUCUGAGCCGCUUAUGAUUGGCACUGUGAAGUCUAACUUGGGACACUCUGAAGCUUCUUCUGGUCUUUGUUCGAUCGCUAAGAUGUGCAUAGCGUAUAACACAGGAUUGAUUCCUCCAAAUCUGCACUACGAAACACCGCGAAAGGGAGUUGCUGCUCUAGCUGAAGGCCGUCUCCAUGUCAUAACUGAAAAGCAACCCUGGAAUAAGGGCUUAUCUGGUGUUAGUAGUUUUGGAUUUGGUGGCGCGAAUGCUCAUGUACUCCUGAAAAAUAUAGCCCGCGAAAAGGUCAAUAAUGGUCUUCCAGAAGAUGACUUACCCCGCCUUGUCUGUGUUUCUGGUCGAACUAAGUCAGCUGUAGCCAAGAUUCUCAAUGAUUUGGAGUCCAAGACAGUAGAUGUAGAACAAGUGAGAUUAUUUCAUGCUAUACAUAAUAAAAAUAUCAAAGGACACCAUUUUAGAGGAUAUACAUUGUUGGGAUCUACGCCGACUAAAAGCAUACCAAUUGCCCGUGAAAUUCAGUACUUCUCUAAUGUCCGUCGACCAAUUUGGUUCGUAUAUUCAGGCCUCGGAUCACAAUGGACAAGUGUCGCCAUGCAAUUUCUUAAGAUCCCGGUCUUUGCUGCUGCUAUAUUCAGAUGUCAUAAAACAUUAAAGCCAAAAGGUAUAAAUUUAUACAAUAUCAUUACGAAAUCCAACUCUAAAGUCUACGAUAAUAUUCUGAACUCAUUCAUUGGCAUCGCGGCGUUUCAUAUCGGCCUUACUGAUGUAUUGAAGACUGUGGGCAUCGAACCUGAUUAUAUCAUUGGGCAUAGUUUUGGAGAGUUGGGUUGCGCAUACGCAGACGGUUGUUUGACAGCUGAACAGACAAUCUUAGCUGCGUACAGCCAGGGGCUAGCAGUUACCGAGAGUAAACUCAUCAAAGGCUCUAUGGCUACUACUAGCCUUGGUUACAAUCAAAUUAAAUCGAUCAGUCCACCCGAAAUAGAAGUGGCUUGUCGCAACAGCCCCAGCUCUAGUACCGUGUCCGGCCCAGCUGAUGUCGUAAAGAGCUUCACCUCAAAGUUGUCGACUCAAGGAGUAUCUGUUGAAGAUGUUCCAUGCUCCUACGUAGCUCUCCACUCACGAUAUGUUGCUGAAGCUGCUCCAAAACUCCGAAAAUAUCUUCAAGAAGUCAUCCCAUCACCAAAAUCCCGCUCGGAUCGUUGGAUAUCUACAUCAGUUCCUCAAAGCCAAUGGAAAAAUUCUAAUGCAGAGCUGUCUUCUGCCGAUUACCACACUCAAAGUGUUUUAAGCCCAGUACUCUUUGAAGAUAAUUUCCAGUCCAUCCAAAACAAUGCUAUUGUUAUUGAAGUGGCUCCAUACGGAUUUCUUCAGAACAUUUUCCAACAGUACCUUAAGAAAAGUACCUCAAAUAUUACCCUGACUCGGAAGAACGAUGAUAAUAACGUACAAAAUCUUCUUACAGCACUUGGAAAACUGUACAAUUUGGGACUAAACCCGCAGCUCGCUAACAUCUAUCCCGAUGUGCCUUUCCCUGUGUCGCAGGGCACACCUUACCUGGCACAUUUAGUGGAAUGGGAGCAUAAUGAAAAUUGGUUCGUCACUUCCUACAAUACCGAGGAACAUUUAACAUCAAGAGAACGUAAUGUUAAUGAAUCCAUAACCUCUGAGAGUAAGGAAUAUUUGGCAGGCCAUGUUAUCGACGGUCGCAACUUGUAUCCGGCUACUGGUUACCUAGUGCUCGUAUGGGAGACACUUGGUAAAAUGAUGGGACAAUUGUUUGACAAGUUGUCUGUGGUGUUCGAGAAUGUUUGCUUUCUGAGAGCUACAAAUAUCCCUUCGGAAGGAUUUAUUACAUUCAUUAUUUCAAUACAUAAAGAAAGCGGAGAUUUUGAGGUCGUAGAAAGUGGAGCACCGAUCGUAACAGGGCGUAUAUAUAUAAAGCAAAACGUGGGACAAGAUUACCGUGUACUGCCAAAAGUCCCUGAAGUGUCCGGUCCUAACAUCAAACAUAUGCUCACUAAAGACUUCUAUAAGGAAUUGAGACUUAGAGGCUACCAGUAUAGCGACUUAUUCCUUGGUGUGAUUGGUUGCAACAUCGAAGGCACCCGAGGUCGGCUCGCCUGGGUCAAUAACUGGGUCACGUUCAUGGACUGCAUGCUGCAGCUCAAAAUCAUCAGCAAGGACACCCGCGGUCUUUUUGUACCAACCAGGAUUGAGAGACUGGCAAUUGAUGUCGGCUUGCACUACAAUGUUGUAUCGAAAAUAAAUGAAAAUUCUAAAGUAUGUGCACUGGAAGUUCGCAACUAUACUGAUAUUAAUGUUAUCAGGGCAGGUGGUGUAGAAAUUCGUGGUGUACAUGCCAUGCCGAUCUCCAAGAGGCCACCAUUAGGCGAAGCUGUAUUAGAGAAGAACGUAUUUAUUCCAAAUUUCGCAAAUAAUACGCUCGAAGACUGCCUCCGUGUUAAUGUUCAGCUGAUACUUGAAAACAUACAAACUUACAAAGUCAAGACCAUUGAAUAUGUUGAUGAAGAAUAUAAAAGUAAUGAUCUCCAGCCAAUAAUAGAACAGAUUGGUGAAGUUCUUGCCGAUUUGCCAUUGAUACAAGCUGAAUUGUUGUUAAUGUCAGACGAAGCCAUUGUAGUGCCAUCUACUAUAACAGUAAAAAAGAAGAAACUUAGUGGAGAGUCUAACGCAAUAUUGUUUAUUGGGGCUAAUCUAUUAAAGAGGAAUAAUGUACUAAAUCAAGCCGCAGCUACUCUUCGAGACAGGUGCUUUAUCAUAAGCCGUGAGAAAGAUCGCCCAGAAUCCAAGGAACGAUCUGACGAGUAUGAGUUAAUAACUGUCCAAAACGUUGGAUCAGAAUACAUAGUGCUUUUGAGAAAACGUGUAAUGAAAGUCCAGCAAUAUGAGUGUAUUCAAAUAGAAGCAAGAGAUGAAAACUUCUCCUGGGUGGAAAAAGUGCAAGAGAAAUUAAAAACGGAACAAAAAAUUAUAUUGUACAAUCAGGGAGAACCCAUAAAUGGACUUCUUGGUCUUGUAAAUUGUCUAAGAAGAGAGCCAGGUGGUGAAAUUGUCAGAGCUGUACUAAUCUCUGAUCCCACAGCUCCUAAGUUUAAUCCAGAUAUUAAAUUUUACAAAGAUCAAUUACAGAAAGAUUUGGCUUUCAAUGUUUAUCAGAACGGUCAAUGGGGCACCUACCGUCACUUGCUACUCGGAAAUUUAGACACUGUUCGUGCGGACCACGCUUUUGUUAAUACUUUAACCGUUGGAAAUCUAUCCACACUAAGAUGGAUCGAAGGUCCAAUCAGAAAAGAUAAGGUUAUCAAAAAUCCGGAGCGUGUACUUGUACAAGUAUACUGUGCGGCUCUGAACUUCCGUGACGUGAUGACAGCAUCUGGCCGCGUGACACGAGAUGCUGUCGCUCGCGGAAGACUUGAUCAAGAGUGCGUGCAAGGAAUGGAAUUGGUUGGACUGACACCAAAUGGUUCUCGAGUCAUGUGCGUUGUGAAGAAUUCCGGUCUGGCCAACAUGGUGGAAGCUGAUAAGGACCUUUCUUGGGUCAUUCCUAAAGAGUGGACCCUUGAAGAAGCGGCCACUGUGCCUAUAACGUACCUCACCGUUUACUACGCCAUAGCAAUAGUGGGCCAGGUCCAACGCGGUGAGUCGAUCUUGAUCCACGCGGGAUCCGGCGGCGUGGGGCAGGCCGCCAUCAACAUGGCGCUGCACUACGGUUGCGAGGUCUUCACCACCGUUGGCACACCGGAGAAGAGAGCACUCAUCAAGAAACUGUUCCCUCAACUCAAAGACAGUCAUAUUGGAAACUCCCGAGACACAUCGUUCGAGCAAAUGAUUCGUAAAGAAACCAACGGCGAAGGCGUGGACCUAGUGCUUAACUCACUCUCGGAUGACAAACUUCAUGCAUCUGUAAGGUGUCUCCGCUACAGAGGCCGAUUCCUCGAAAUUGGGAAGUUUGAUAUCAGCAACAACACGCUACUUGACAUCGCCCCCAAGGAAGCCUCAUUCCACGGUGUUAUGUUGGAUGACCUUAUGUACCAGUAUCCUGAUAAAAAAGAGACGUUGCAUGAACUUUUGCUUUCCGGCAUUGCGUGUGGAAUUGUUCGUCCGUUAACAUACUGCACAUUUGAAAAGAAUGAAAUUGAAGCUGCAUUCCGAUAUAUGGCUGCUGGGAAACAUAUCGGGAAGGUACUUGUUAAAAUUCGGGACGAGGAGCAAAGUAACGUACCCGUGAGACCAACGUGUAUUCCUAUAGAAGCUGUUCCUAGGUACAUGUGCCAAGAUGAAAGUGUAUACAUCAUUGUGGGUGGUUUAGGAGGGUUCGGUUUAGAAUUAGCUGACUGGUGCAUCUUGAGAGGCGCCAGAAAAGUUUUACUAACAUCUCGCAGGGGAGUCAGCAACGGUUACCAGUCUGCUAGACUAAGGACUUGGGCUUCAUAUGGAGCUGAUGUUCGAAUCUCCACUCAUAACGUUACAACCGAAGCCGGAUGCGAAGAAUUACUCAAGAUGGCUAACGAAAUGGGUCCUGUUGAAGCUAUCUUUAACCUUGCUGUAAUUCUUAAGGAUGCUAUAUUUCAAAACCAAACCCCAGAAACAUUUAAAAUAUCAUUCGGGCCAAAAGCUCUGGCUACUAAGCAUUUAGAUAAACUCUCGAGGAAAUUAUGUCCAAAGUUGAGAAACUUUGUAGUAUUCUCAUCUGUAUCGUGUGGCCGCGGUAACGCUGGGCAGACCAAUUACGGUCUUUCCAAUUCCGUAAUGGAAAGAAUUUGCGAGCAGAGAAAGAAGGAUGGAUUGCCUGCUCUAGCCGUACAAUGGGGCGCUAUUGGCGAUGUUGGUCUCGUAGCUGAUAUGCAAUAUGAAGAUGUGCAACUAGAGAUUGGGGGUACUCUGCAACAACGGAUAUCAUCGUGUUUGUUGGCUUUGGACAAGUUCUUGAAACAAGACGAACCUAUAGUCUCGUCUAUAGUUGUAGCUGAGAAAAGAGCUGGCAGUUCCAACUGCGGAAGCAUUGUGGAGGCUGUAGCUCAGAUUAUGGGUCUUAGGGAUCUUAAGACAGUGUCACGACAAGCUCCUCUAGCCGAAUUGGGCAUGGACAGCAUGAUGGCUAUAGAAAUCAAACAGACCCUUGAGAGAGAGUUUGAGAUUUUCCUCACUGCUCAGGAUAUUAGAACUUUAACCUUCGCAAGAUUAUUGGACCUAUCAUCACAGAAUGAUAAGGACCAAUCUACGUCAGGAGCCAAACAAGUACAAUUCGAAGCUGCUGCCGGUCUGAAGGUACUAUUGAGGAAUUUCGGCGAAGAGAAAUUGGUGAACAAACCAGUUAUCUAUAUGCCUACUGCGAUUAGCAACGAAACAGGAAAAACAGAAGCAAAACAGGUGACGGAGAAUAUAAUGUUUAUGCUGCCAGGGUUAGAAGGUUCCGCUGGAAUUCUGGAACCACUAUGUCGCAGGCUCAAAAUUAAAGCGUGCGUGUUGCAGCUCGGAACUGAGCACAAGAAUGAGAACUGUGAACAGAUGGUGGACAGACUGUAUAAGUUGGUGACAUCUAUAUUGGCACCUGGCUCUAAGUUCUGGCUCCUUGCAUACAGUUUCGGGACUGUACUUGCAUUGAAUUUAGCGGCUAAACUGGAAAGUCAAGGUAUCACUGGAACACUAUUCUGCUUAGACGGUGCCCCUAACUUCCUUCAGUCUCUGGUCAAUACUUUAAUGAACUUCGAGAAUGACUUCCAACUGCAGAACAGUCUUAUAUGUAAAACGAUCGAUAUCGUAUCACCGAACAAUGAAGUUACCGAUACCUUAAUGGAGAAGCUUAGCAAAAUAGAGGACUAUGACGAAAGAAUCAAGUACAGUAUCAACGCGUCGCCUGUCCAGACUGAUUACUCUAAUGAAUUUAUCGCAUCAAUAGCUAAGGUGUGUUUCGACCGUAUGAAAGUUGUAAUCAAUUAUGAUACUACAAAUGUUAAGAAGCUAAAAUCACAAAUUGUACUUAUGAGACCAAGAGAAACCCCUCCAUUUGUAGUUUGCGAAGACAAUUAUGGCCUCGACAAGUUUAGUGAGAGACCUGUUACCGUACACUUCUUAGAUGGUAACCAUGUCAGUAUCGUUGAUGAUAAAAAUGUAGCGGAUAUUGUUAAUAAUGUUAUAGCUCUUAGUUAUGGACGUAAUGGUAAAAAUUAACGCAACUGUAGAUCAAUAUAUAUUUUUUUUUUAAUAAUAUUUAUAAAAUACGAAUUGAAAACGUUUUGAUUUUUGCAGUUUUUGUUUUGUAUAAUCACUUAAGUUUUAUAUCACUUAUAUUAUUAUUGUUAUUAUUUAUGUUUUCUUUUAUUUUUAACGGCUAAAAACAUUUUAAUUUGGAUUCAGAAUUGUUAUUUUUAAUAUAAUUUACUUACUCUUACUUUGUUUACUUUUAAUAUAUUUUAAAUUUAAAUAAUUAUCAAGGGAUUGUACAAGAGGUUCAUAGGCACAAAAUAAAAAAAAUAAUAUUAA